CUGCUUCUCUGCCCAGUGCCAUGCAAAUAAAAUUCACAAUAAAUAAAUAAAUAAAUCAAAUAAAUUGUUAAUCAUUCAUGUGCCUUGAACUUGUCUGUGACUUGUGACCUAGAAGCGAGAAAAGCCAACAAGAAAAUCAAAAAUCUAAAUACAAAUAAAAAUACAAAAAAAAAAAAAAAAAUAUUAAAACAAGAGCUAAAUGUUUAGCAUGGUCAACUCUUACAAAUAAAUAAAGUCUACUAUCUAUAUAUACACAUAUAUAGAUAUAGAUAUAUAUAUUUAAGUCGGCCUUAGAUUGAUGCAAACAAUUCUGCUUAAAUGCAUACGGAUAUUAUAAUUGGUGAUCAAUUUGCCGCCAACAACAACUACUGGGUGAUGCAGUCCCCGGAACUGGAUUAUCGGCACGAGCUGGUGGGACGCCUGCACAAGAUUGAGCCGGCCGAUGUGGAACUGGAAGUGCUAGCUGCUGCUGCUGCUGCCUCCAACAACAACAACAACAACAAUAGCACGAACAACAACAACAACAGCAGCAAUAGUAAUAGCAACGGCAGCAACAGCCAAACAGCCAACAGCAACAGCUCCGCAGCAGCAGCAGCAGCAGCAGCACAGCAUCAUCACCACCAUCAGCUCCACCAGCAUCACCUGCACUCGCACCACCAUACGCACACGCAUGCGCAUGCCCACCACCACCACCAACAUCAUCAUCAGCAGCAUCAUCUGCACCACAGUCUGCAGAGCGGCGAGAGUGGUGCGGCCGCCUUAGAUGCCUGGCACUUGGCUGCCUCCAGCUAUGCCAGCGACCAGAGCCAUCAGCAGCAGCAGCAGCAGCAACCCGCCGGCUCGCCCAACUCCAACUCGAAUUCCGCCUAUGGAUGUGGCCCGCUCUACGACGAUGCGCCCUACGACGUGGCACUGGGCUAUGGAGCGGGCGGCGGAGCGGGCAACACGACGGCAGCAGCAGGCAGCGAGAAGGAGUAUCUGUAUGAAACCAAAAACAAAGAGGCUCUCUUUGGCGAUCCACUGGACGAUCCGUAUCAGCGACCCGCGCUCUGGGACGAUAUUGCCACCUCAAUACAGAAUAUCGAUCCGGAGAAUGCGCUCAUGCUGAGCGGCAGCGCAGUGGCCAAUGGCGGCGACAACGCGGCUGCGACACAGCAGCAACAGCUGCUGCCGCAGGUCAAAAUGGAAGCAAUAGAUGAAACUCUGCUCGAAACUUUCUCGACACCAAUGCUCAGUCCCAUGGAGAUUAAAACUGAAAAGCAGCAGCGACAACAGCAGCAACAGCACCAGCAGCAGCAGCAGCAACAUCAACAGCAGCAGCAGCAGCAGCAACACCAGCAGCAGCAAUACCAUCAGCAGCAACAACACCAGCAGCAGCAACAUCAGCAACACUAUCAGCAACAUUAUCAGCAACAGCAGCAACACUUGUACCAGCAUCAUCCCAGCCUCUCGCUGUCCGGGCUGCCACCCGCUGCUGAAGUUGUUGAGCUGCAGUUGCAACAGCAACAACAGCAGCAACAGCAGCAGCAGCAUCAACAGCAUCUUCACAGUGGCAGCAACAGCCCGAAGCAGUCAGCCGGCGACAACAACAACUCGGCCUCCUAUCAGCAACAAUACGCAUCUCAGCUGAACGGCGCAUCAGGCGCUGCAUAUCUAAACAGUAGCAGCAACAACACCACCAGCAGCGUCGCCACCACCAGUAGCAGCAGCAGCAGCGGCUCUGGCGGCAACACCAGCAGCAACAACAACAACAACAGCUACGGCUACAGCUGGCAUAGCAGUCAGGCCUUUCACACCAAAUACCAAAUACACCCGCCAUCAGCUGUUGCCGCAGCGUCACCCACCACUGCCACGCCCACAGCUCAACAUGUGCUGCAUCAACAGCAGCAGCAGCAGCAGCAACAACAGCUGCAGCUCUGCCCGCCAGCCGCUCCCAGCACGCCCUCCGCCACGUCCGCCUCCUCCUCCUCGGGCAGCGUCACCUCCACAGGCUCCGGCUCGACGCGCCACAUGUUCGUGCCGCCACUGACCCCGCCCAGCUCAGAUCCCGGCAGUCCAGGCGCCUCCAUGGUGGCCGCUGCCGCCGCUGUUGCUCAGGCCCAGAGACGCAGCACACCGCCGCCGCCCUACCAGCAGGGCCAUGGCCUGGCCGGGCUCUGCCCCAGCCUGGUGAGUCCGGCGCCCACGCUGCAGCUGCUGGGCGCUGCCACGCCCGCCACGCUCACAACCCUGACGCCCGCGAAUGCAGUCGCCCAGCAGCCGGCACCGCCGCCGCCGCCGCCCCCGCCCUCGAGCAGCGGCCGGCGCGGCCGGCACGCGCACCACCAGCCCGGGACGCCGGCGCACAUCGCGAGCCUGAUGAGCGUGCGCACCGUGCGCUACAAUCGACGCAACAAUCCGGAGCUGGAGAAGCGUCGCAUCCAUCACUGUGAUUUUGUGGGUUGUUCCAAGGUCUAUACGAAGAGCUCGCACUUGAAGGCGCAUCAAAGGAUACACACGGGUGAAAAGCCGUAUACGUGCCAGUGGCCCGAGUGCGAAUGGCGCUUCGCACGCUCCGACGAGCUGACGAGACACUACCGCAAACACACCGGCGCCAAGCCCUUCAAGUGCAUCGUCUGCGAGCGCAGCUUUGCGCGCAGCGAUCACCUGGCGCUCCACAUGAAGCGACACCUGCCGAAGAACAAGUGAGGGAGGAACAAUCUCUCUCUCUCUCUCUCUGUCUUUCUCUCGCGGCCUACAAAUUCAACUAUAUCACAAUCCAAAGGACUUUAGUUAAGCUACUAAGAGAAAUUCGCAUAGUUAAAUGGUGUUACUAUUAAAUAUUAAAUACGAAACCUGAAUAUAUACAUAUACAUAAUAUAAAGAGCUUUUCGCACUCAAGAGCG